AUUCUGUGAACAGCCUAAAAUCUGUUUGUCUUACUAAAAAAAUCCCUCUUUGUUUCUCGACAUGUGGCAAUCUAAAGCAAACACAGAUUUUGCAAUUAGACCACAACAAAUGGGGUCUUUCUUAUAAAUACUCAACAUCAAACCAGAAUAUUUACAGUACUCCAUUAAGUGAAAGACAGAGCUGAAGAUGCGAUCCCCAGUCUUGUUCGCCUUGGGACUUGUGGCCUUGAUUGCGGCUGCCCACGCCGCAGGAUCAUCUCCGACUAGUCCAACCUCGCCGACCUCACCCACAUCGCCGACAUCGCCGACGUCUCCGACUUCUCCUACUUCGCCCACCUCGUCAACUUCACCUACCACACCAACUUCGUCAAGCACCUCAGCCACGCCCACAUCCUCCAGUGUGACCCCUUCGUCGUCCUCGAGCUCCGACAGCAGCUCGGAGGUGGCCAGGCUGAGGCGCAGGAUUCACAGGCUGAAACGCCAGGAGAGGCGCCGGCGGAUUCGCCAAGAAAAUCGUCGCCAAAGGCAACGAACCCAGCGUAGAUCUCGUCAACGCCAGAUCCGCAGGUCCUAGGAAGUCAAUUUGGCUAAGGCAAUGGUCUCUAAGAAUACAAAAUGAAAAAGCAAAAAUAAAUAAAAU